AUGGCAAAUUCGGAGCCAAAAGGUUGGAUGUUGCUUCAGUGGUGUUUUUGGUUUGCUGUAUUGGUGGGUAGCUCUCACUUUGAACAUGCCAAUGGAAAAUUGCAUGUAAGUGGUCGUUGGUAUAGAAAAAUAAGAUCACCUUAUGUACCCAUCCUUGUUGAUCGGUUAGGGUAUGGCAAUUUUUCAACUGUUCAAUCUGCCAUUGAUUCCAUCCCAUCAAAUAACCAACAGUGGUUUUGUAUCUAUGUCAAGGCUGGAAUAUAUAGGGAGAAGGUGAAGAUCCCAUAUGAUAAACCAUACAUCAUUCUUAAAGGAGAAGGGAAAAGAAGAACUCUGAUAGUUUGGGGAGAUCAUUAUUCCACGUCACAAAGUCCUACUUUCAUGUCUUUAGCGGAUAACGUUAUAGUUAGAAGCAUUAGCUUUGUGAACACGUACAAUUUCCUUCACUUUUAUAAUCGUAUGGCACCAGCGGUAGCUGCCAUGAUUUCUGGAGAUAAAUCUGCAUUUUACCGGUGUAAUUUUGUUGGGGUGCAAGACACUCUGUGGGAUGAUCAAGGUAGACAUUAUUUCAAAGCUUGCACCAUUCAGGGAGCUGUUGAUUUUAUCUUUGGUAGUGGCCAAUCUAUAUAUGAGGGUUGUACCAUAAAGGUACUUGGAGGUGGGUUUAUAACUGCACAAGGAAGAGAUAGCCCAAAUGAUUCAAAUGGAUUUGUGUUCAAGGGCUGCAAUAUCUUUGGCACUGGUCUAACCUACUUGGGGAGGCCAUGGAGAGGGUAUUCCAGGGUGAUAUUCUUCAAGUGUUACUUUGCAAAUGUUAUACAGCCCACGGGAUGGAAUUCUUGGAAUUAUGUUGGCCAAGAGAACCAAAUAACAUAUGCAGAGUACGGAUGCUAUGGACCAGGAGCUGACUCUAGACAGAGGGUGAACUGGAUGAAGAAGCUGAGCCUUCAAGCCAUAAAUGAAUUAACUAGCAUGUCUUUCAUUAAUUCUGAAAACUGGAUUCAACGGCAACCUAUUUAGCCUAUUUGGUGAAAAGUACCAAGUCAUUCCAUGACUGCAUUUUUUUUUAUUUUUCUUUUCUUUGUACUAUUCAUCCUCCAAUAUAUACAUCUUCCUUCUUCAUUUUAUGUUGCCGUGUCUUCCUUGGAGAAAUGGAAUCUAAGAACAAAUGUUUGGAUGCAU